UUUACGUCUGUCCCUGUAAAUAUGUUGAUUUUUUUAUUUUAUGAUGUGUCUAACUGCCUUUUCAGAACUCAUCAGUGCUGUGUUUGACUAGUUUUGGUAGCAUUUGGAGUUUCAGCUGAACAAACAUGUUUUCUAACAAGCCUCACUCUGAUUGUUAUUUCUCUUUAAAUUCUUACAGCUGUCCUGUAUUUAUAUCACACGUUCACAUUUCCUCAUCUACCAGAGAGACCAGUUCAUUUCAGAUGAUGGUGUACGAGCAGCAGCAGCAGCGGCGGUGGUGAGAAGCUGUAAAACGGCUGCUGUACUCCAGCACCUUUAUGCUCCACAGCCACCUGCUAGUUUGCUACGCUGAAUGAUGGUUAAAUAAUAUGCAUUAUCCUCGCCACCAACCACAGGGAUCAAUCUUUCCAGUGCUCCUGGUCUGGCCCGGCUCACUGCGGUCAUAUGGUGUCAUUUCCUGCCUGUCGCAGAGAUUGGAGGCCCAAUUUUCACAGCCCAAUGACUGAUAUGCUUGGGGGGGAAAGGGACAGACUUGGGAACCGAUGAAAUGGGCCUAUGAAGAUGAGGGAAUGUGCUGGCUCAAUAUAGGUGUUAAUGGGACACUUGAUUUCAGUUUUCCUAUUUCAGCUCUAAUGAUAUGUUGAAGAGUUUCACCCUGAGCAUGAGCUCUAUUGCUGUUAACCUCCUGAUAACACAGGAGCAACCUGCCCUCAGAAAGACCCUUUUCUCUCUAACGGCGCAUUACUUCAAGCUGGAGGAAGGAGGCGAGCGCUCACUCUGCAUUACCUUUGCUUUUUUCUUUUUUGUCAAAGCCAUGGCCAUUCUCAUAGUGACUGAAAACUACCUGGAAUUUGGUCUGGAGACAGGUUUUACAAACUUUUCCGACAGUGCUAUGCACUUCCUGGUGCACCAGGGUUUAGAGUCCCAGGGUCCCAUAUCUAAACUCACCUUCAAGCUGAUGCUGGCCCUGCUUUGCUCCCUGAUUGGAGCAUUCCUGACUUUCCCUGGUCUACGUUUGGCCCAGAUGCAUCUAGAUGCACUCAAUCUGACCACUGCCAAAUUUACACAGACUUUGCUUCAUAUCAACUUUCUAUCCCCUCUUAUAAUGGUCCUGCUGUGGGUGAAGCCCAUUACCAAGGACUACAUAAUGAAUCCCACUCUGGGAAAGGAGAGCGUGCCUUUGAUGACUGAGCAGACAUAUGAUACGUUGCGGUUAUGGGCCAUCAUACUGAUGUGCAUGCUCCGACUCGCCAUGAUGAGACAUCAUUUGCAGGCCUACCUCAACCUGGCCCAGAAAGGUGUGGACCAGAUGAAGAAGGAGGCGGGACGGAUCAGUACCGUUGACCUGCAGAAGAUGGUUGCACGUGUGUUUUACUACUUGUGUGUAAUCGCACUACAGUAUGUGGCGCCACUGGUGAUGCUGCUGCAUACAACUUUGCUGCUAAAAACCUUGGGUGGGCACUCCUGGUGGAUCUAUCCUGAAGAAGACCCACCUUGCACCCAUGAAAUGAACUCUGUGAUGGGGGCGGCGCCGACCGCAGCCCCGGCAUCAGCGUCGGUGGUAGGAACAGGAGCCGGGGCAUCGGUAGCCCAGCUGUCAGUGGCCCUGGGAGGCUUGCGGUCUGUCUUCAGUCCCUUGCUUUUCCGCGGACUCUUCUCCUUCUUUACUUGGUGGAUAGCUGCUUGCCUCUUCUUCACCUCCCUCUUUGGUCUUUUCUACCAUCAGUAUCUCAUGGCUGCGUAACAUCAGCAACCUGGCAAUGAAAGCCAGGGUGAACAGAGUUACUGUAUGUUCAGCCUGAUCAGAAAGUCAGGACUGGGGGCACUAGAAGACUGUCGAUGACUCUAUUCCACAACUCCUCCUUCUUUUACCUUCUCUAUUUAACCGUCUCUCAGUGACUGACCAGAUCAUCAGAUCUCCUGGUUCAACGUCCAGUGCUUCCUCCACAGAUUACUCUGUGAACUCAUUGUUUUUACAGCUACAGCCACUAGCUUGUAUUUGGAGAACAAGACUUCUAAACCUUAAUAACUGUCUCAAGCCUGAAGUAUGAAUUGGAAGAAUAAAAACUGAUCACCAGUUUUCUGUAUGAAAUAUGAAAUUCGAAUGUUCUGAGGUUAUAUACUGUAUCUCAUGCUGGUUACAUUUCCUUUUACGUGUUGCUGUGUGGCGUGGCAGUUCAGUUUCACCAGCCUUAAAGGAGCUAGUUGAUUAAUGUUCUUUUAAAUUGGUUUUCAACGGUUAAUUACAUCUUAUCCAUCAACAUCAUCAAGUCACAGAGAGGUAAAGCAUACUCUGUAUAUCGGAACAUAUACUGUGAAUUUUACUGACUGAAACCUAUAUGAAUGAACCGGUCAUUAAACCAUGUCAUACAGCUGAAUGGCAUUUAUCAGUAAGACAAAAUCAUAUAUUGUGGAGAUGUUGAUGGAUAAUACUUUUUGUAAUAAUAUUAAAGUAAAAUCAUUAAAUAUUCGUGUUUUGUGGAUGUUGACACCUGCCACAAACUUGAGCUGUUGGGCAACUCCUGAAAUUUGUAUUUUAUACCAAAACAAUCAGUUUUCUUUCUUCAGAUGCAUAAACUCCAUUGUCUUAAAGUGUUGGAACAAGGAGCGAAGCGUCUCUGCAUGAGGAGGGAAAGGUAGUCUAUUAUUUCCAGAAUGGCUGGAUGUGAGAGCCGUGAGCUAAUCAGGGCUGCAGGAUAACACAGAAGAGGAGUUGUACUGCUGAGGAGGAAGGAGAUGUUGAACUGGUGGGAGACAUGCUGGUGACUUGAAGGUGAUUUAUUGAAAUGUGUGUAAUUCAACUGGCCAUCGAGGACAAAGUUGUUCAGUUUUUUUAUUAUUCUAAUAGGUGAUGUUAAUUUGCUUUGUAACCUCUGGUUUUAACUGAGCCAUUUAGGAAGCGAGAGGAUUCUGAGCUCUUUCUGAGCAGCAGUGAACGUACACUGCUCCGACACUCAGUGUGCUCAGUCCAGACAAGCGCGUGUGUCCGUGUCUGUGAGGUGUAAUUUAAAAGGGCACUGUGAUGAAAACAAGAUGAUGUCAACUACUGUUGAUAAGCUAUUGCCUUUAUGUUCUGCUUUCCUUUUUUUCUACCUUUUUACCCAUUGUUGCUUUAAAACACAUUCGAGAACAAAUGUUUUUGUCCUUUUUUCUAACUGAUCAAAGUAUUUUGUAAAGGUUUGGUUUUUUGAAAUGGUGCCAAGUCAGUCUGUUUCCCCUCGUGUCCCUGUGGUUGUAGAUCUGGCGUUUGAAGUUGCAACUGAUUUACAGCUGUACAACCUUCGGCUCUGUUCAGCCCUCUGGUCGCUGUUCAUUCAUAAAGAGGAAAUAACCGCUUCAGUGUCCCAUCAACUCACAAUGGUAUUUACUGUGUCUUUACACACUGCAUGGGUAUGCGUCAUGGUUCUGAUGAUACACUCCAGCUAAUGUUUUCAGGAAUGUAGGGUACGUGUUAACAGGCUAAUGGCACAUGUUUUGUGGUACUGUGACAUAUCACACUGCAGAGCUGUCAUUUAUAAACUUCCGCUUUGAAGUUUGUUCAAAGCGCAUUUCACUUCGUUUUCAAGUCAAGCGACAACAUAUCACGUUUAUUUCCUCUCGUUAUGUUGAAAGUCUUAGCUUCAGUUUGUCUGUUUUUAAAUGAUGGGGAAUAUGCACAUGAUGAAUGUAUCAGUCCUGCCUAAAUCUUAGAUUGUUUUCAUGCAAUGAUUUGUAUGGUAAAUUAAUUUAACGCCCCCUAAUCCCCUUCACUUCCUGAACUCUCUAGCGUCUGUUGAAUCUAAAUCUAAUGUGUCCUAAUGACGGUUUUUGAUUUAGCUUUUUUUUAUUAUUAUUUAUUACACAUGUUGUAGCCUGUAAACAUUUCAGAUUUUAACCAUAGAUGUUAUUUUGCUAUUGGAACACAUGAUGGCAUAAAUCACUUUUGAGAAAGUGUUUGACAAAUCAGGUACAGGUCGUCAUUAAAUGUCUGCUCAUUUCAAAUUAAGAUGAUGGAACGCUUUCAAAAUUCAUUGGUCGAAUGAAGCAUUGUUACUUUGUUUGUUGGCACUGGAAAGGUUUCCUAUGGAGUUCACGAAGUAAAUGACACAUUGUUGUGUAUUUAUUUAUGCUUUAGAUUUUGUCUUUAAUAAAUUGUCUUCUUUACUA